UUCAGGGAUGUGUGGUAUAACUUUCCCAAACAUUGUAGUGCAAUUCCUGUAUUUAUGAUACUUUUUUCACAAACAAUGAAUGAAAACUAAUAAAGCAUUUCAUGAACUGAGCAUGAAAACAAAUACAGAAUUCAGGCUUUCUCGUUUAUUAAAGCAGUUAAAAUAAUUCCAUAUAUGGGUCGAAUAGCUGCCCGUGCGGAAACGAACUUGACAGGAGUGAAAAUUCAGCAAUAUCUGCUUUGGAAUGUAUUUUAAAGCACUUCUUACUCUGAGCGCCAUGGAACUGCAUUACUUUGGAUUCACCUAAGACCACCUAUUCCCAUUUAUCAAGGCAACCCACAAUUGGCCCAACGGGUGCAGCCAUAAAUCUAAAAAUGUCAGAUAAGGCGGUGUAAGGCGCUUUUCUUACCAAUUAUGUCUUAUGGGGGUUUGGUUACAUCUAGUAGUUAUGGUCACAGCAAAGGAGGGAAUCAUGAGGCAAUCUAAAAAGCCAAAUGAUCUCAACAGCCUGUGCUGGAGGUUUAGGCCCACAAACAUGCAGAAUCUUGUCUCUGGACUUUUGUCCUAUAGAUGUUUAAGCGAUUUUUAUUUUCUUUAUAAUGUGGAUUCAUGUCAUAUAUGAGGAUCCUAGCUGAUAUUCAAGAUUCGCCAGCAUGCAUCCGCAGCAGGAAACUCAGAGGAGGAUGCAGAACAUCCUGGUUUCCUCCCACCAGACACUUUCACAACUUCACAAGCAAUCCAUAAGCAUGUGGCAAGCUGGUGUGACGCUUAGCUGCAAUGAUGAAAGGAAAAGAAGCACAGCAGGGGGCCCAGCUGUAAUAUAUGCAUACUGAUAGGCUAUAGGGAUAAAUUUAAAUGAAGACAUGACCGCAGGGCAAGUCGCUCUCUCUGAUCACCAUCCAGGAUGCUUCAAAGCACUUCCCGGGAGGAAAUGGACAAACAGCGCCAUCUAGUGGUUGUAUUUCUGCUCAACUUCCCGCCGUUGGGUUUCCGUGUGUGUGCGCGCGUGGCUCCACCACCUCCGUGCGCGUGCCCUUCCUUCCCCACCGACUCCGAGGAGCUCCAGGAGGUGAAGCCGAAAGCAGCCCGCGGUUCAGAUUAAAAGACCAUGCUGCUGGCGACGUUGAAAGGUCUUGGCAGGAAGCUGCUGCGAGUGAAGGUGGUGGACUGCAGCACGGAGGAGUCCCGGCUGUCCCGAUGCCUCGGCACCUUCGACCUGGUGGCUCUGGGGGUGGGCAGCACUCUGGGCGCUGGCGUCUACGUUCUCGCCGGCGCUGUAGCCCGUGACAACUCUGGACCCGCCAUCGUCCUCUCCUUCCUCAUCGCCGCCCUGGCGUCCGUUUUAGCCGGUCUGUGCUACGCGGAGUUCGGCGCCCGCGUCCCCAGAACCGGCUCGGCUUACCUCUACAGCUACGUGACGGUUGGAGAGCUGUGGGCGUUCAUCACCGGCUGGAACCUCAUUCUGUCUUACGUAAUAGGAACUUCAAGUGUGGCCAGGGCGUGGAGCGCCACCUUUGAUGAGCUGAUCGGCGGCCACAUCAAGAGGUUUUCCUCACAGUACCUGUCCAUGAACGCUCCAGGGGUGGCAGAAUAUCCUGACAUCUUUGCUGUCCUCAUCAUACUCAGUCUAACAGGUCUGCUGGUGUUUGGAGUCAAAGAGUCCGCCCUGGUUAAUAAAGUCUUCACCUGCAUCAACGUGCUGGUGCUGCUGUUCGUCAUCAUCUCUGGGUUGGUCAAAGGCGACAGAAAAAACUGGAGCUUGAACCCCGACGACAUCCUGAACUCCACCAGAAACUCCACCGUGAACGUUUCUGCUUCUGUAGUGGGUGAGGAAGCCAUCGGUGCGGGCGGGUUCAUGCCCUUCGGCUGGACCGGAGUCCUUUCGGGUGCUGCGACUUGCUUUUACGCCUUUGUGGGGUUUGACUGCAUUGCCACCACAGGAGAGGAGGUGAAGAACCCGCAGAGGGCCAUUCCAAUCGGGAUCGUAGCCUCUCUGCUCAUCUGUUUUGUGGCGUACUUCGGUGUGUCGGCCGCUCUCACUGUGAUGAUGCCGUACUACCUGCUGAGCAAGGACAGCCCUCUGCCUGUGGCCUUUGAGUAUGUGGGCUGGAAGGGAGCCACUUAUGCCGUGGCUAUUGGCUCUCUGUGCGCUCUGUCGACCAGUUUACUGGGCUCCAUGUUCCCAAUGCCCAGAGUGAUCUGGGCCAUGGCCGAGGAUGGGCUGCUCUUCAAAUGUUUGGCAUCAGUCAGCUCGCGAACCAAAACCCCCCUAACAGCUACCGUAACAUCAGGUGUAGCGGCAGCUGUCAUGGCGUUCCUGUUUGACCUGAAGGAUCUAGUCGACCUCAUGUCCAUCGGUACUUUGCUGGCCUACACUCUGGUGGCAGCCUGCGUCCUGGUCCUCAGAUACCAGCCCGAGCAGCUCAGAGUGGCUUAUGAAAUGGCCAACACACAGGACGACGCUGACGCCACUGAAUCCUUCAACGACAUCCUGCCUCCAGCAGAAGACCGAUUCACCGUCAAAAACCUCCUUUUCCCUCCAAAACCAGAGCCCUCCCCUCUGUCUGGACUUGUUGUCAAUAUUUGCACCAGCAUACUUGGUGUUCUGGUGUGUGUUUUUGGUGUUGUGGCUGUUCAAGGAGGCCUGGCUCCCUGGUCUGUGUGUGUGCUCAGCAUUAUUGCGGCCAUCUGUCUUGUUGUCACAUUCAUUGUGUGCAGACAGCCGCAGAGCAAAGCCAAGCUAGCAUUCAAGGUUCCUCUGCUGCCCUUCAUCCCGAUCAUCAGCAUGUUUGUCAACGUCUACCUGAUGAUGCAGCUCGACCGAGGAACGUGGAUCCGAUUCGCCAUCUGGAUGCUUUUAGGAUUCAUCAUCUAUUUCACCUACGGGAUUCGUAACAGCGCAGAGGCGGCAGCGAACCGUUCAGACGCUGACAUCCCAGCCUGUACCAUCAAGGGAGAGCCCAUGACCCCAGAGAAGGAAGCUUUCCUGCACGACACGCAGACCUACAGCCCAGACGAUGAGUUAUGAGGAAACGCCCCAGACUCAGAGCUCGGACUCAGGUGCAAACAGAACCGUCACGUACAGUACACACCUGUUUCAUUUUGGUCCAUAGAUUCCCUGAAAGUAUCUGUUUUUUUCAUUUGAAAUGCAUGAAUUAUGUCUGGACAUUUGAACGUUUGUGUUUACAGUUUUAUGAGGAAUGCAAAGGAUCUGAAUGUAGUACACGAUCCAAAGUCCUUCUGAAACUCCGGACACAUCGAGCACAAGUGUGGUGCAAGUCUGCACAAGUCAUUCUUGUUCAUGAGUUUGGUUACACACCUUUCUGAUUUAAAGAGAAACCAAAAAGCAUCUUUUUGCAGCUAAACUCACCCAAGCAGACAGCAAAGCAAAGACUUUCACUCAGAAUAUCAAAAUAAGACGUCAGCGAUCAACUAAUCAUCUAUUUAAGAUUCUACUUUUAUGUUGACUUGCAAAUUUAGCAAAGCGGAUCUACGGCAAGUGUGUGUUUCUGUGUCUGGCCUUUAGACACAGCUUUUAAGAAUGUAUUUUGUUACUGAAAAAUAACAAAAUCACAUAAAUGUGACAGUUUUAUUGUGAAACAUUACAGCUUAGAGAAAUACAUAGUAAAGCUUUUACAUGAUCCCAGUAUUUAAGGCUGUAAAACAGGGGUGGCCUUUACAUUAGUCAGGAUGACCAUGGAUCACAGUUGAUGUGUUUGUAGGAGUUUUUUUUAUUUUAAAUAAAGAGCAAAAAAGUGUUGUUUAUAUAUUUAGAAUAAAAUUAGCCUCUUGACUAGCAGGAGUAACAGUGGCUGCUGCUGACCUCACAACGUGACAAGAACAACUUUAUUUAUAAAACACAUGUUCUUCAAUGCAAAGUCCUUCGAGAAGCAGUUUUUAAAAAUAGAAAUAUACAUUAAAAUAAACUGACAUCACACCUAAGAGAUUAUUUAGAUUCUCUUAUUGAACUUUGAAGCAUGUUUUUGGAGUUCUCUGAGAACCUGAAAACUCCACACAGAAAAGUCUUAGCCGGGAUUCAAACCAGAGCCUUCCCGCUGUGAAACGAGAGUGCUAACCGUCUUCAGCGGAUAGCUGGAGUUGGACUCUUGCUAGAGUCAGUCAAGUUGCAGCAGUGGAGUCAGCUCGUGCUAUACUGGGAGUUUGGUCUUCACAGAUGGAGGCGCACACAUUUUUUCAACAUGUGAGCUACUACUGAAACAAAAGUAGCUGCCUAUGAACAUAUAUUUAUGAAAUAAAACUAUAUAAUACAAUAACCUUAUUUGAAUUUUUUAUAUUUAUGCACUAAAAUACACAAAGUUAUGAAAAGCAGAUUUUAAAGUCCAAUUCCAAGGAUAUUUUCUCUAGCGUGAAACUGUUCCCAGUGGUCUUAAAUAUGAUUUUGCACUUUUUAGCAAAAAAUCAUAAAGUCUGUGUCAUUUUUUUAAGACGCAUUUUCUGCAGAGCAGCAGGAGCUUAUUAGAGAUUCACUUUUGGGUUGGGGACUGGACUAAAAGGACUUGACCCCAAGAUGGCGCCAGAGCAUCAUUAACUGGAAGUCCUAAGCUGAAGUUAAAGCGAAGUUCACGCUCUUCCCCUAGAAAAACAUCAGAACUGGGUUACGGUUAGCGUUAGUAACCUUUUAGAAUAAAACACAAAUUCAGCUUGCGGCUAAUGAGUUUAAUGUUGUGUUUGGCCGCCAUCUUGCCUGCAGCCAGGUCCAUCUCAACUGGAAUGUUGGCGUUGAAGUUUUUUGGAAGUUGUUGGAAAAUUUCCCAGCAACCGUUCGUUUACACCCUCUCCCACUAGCGACAAGUGCCUUGCAAGCCCAAGCUAUUGUUAGCGCAGCAAAAAAAUAAAACGCAAGCAAUAUCGGAGCUAUCAGGCCGUACAAUUUGGAACAUCAGCUCGGGUGACGAAAAUGAAGACGUUAACAGAUCUAUUUGUCAGAUGCUUCAGAAUUGUAAAGUAGCAGGGAGACCAUGGCAGUUCCUGCAUCACAAACCCGAGUUUUUAUAGAGAUCCACUUUUCAUUUGCUCUGGAUCCAACAGAAACACUGUUUUAAUUCAAAAUUCAUUGCUACAAGAACACGUUAAAAACACCAAGGAGUGGGUCUUUAAAGUGAAUCAAACAUUCUUUUCAGAAUUAAACUGAUACAUUUAAAUGAUCAUGUGAGAUUCUAACAUGAUAAAUAAUUCCUCUGUUGUGUUUCCCUGAGUAAAAAUGAUGCACAUUAGCAGCUACAUCCACGGUUAUGAGUGUGACGCACCCUUCUCUGAAGUUUAGGAGGAAGAAAAACUCCACAUCUGCCUGCGGAACAUAGUGUUCAGUUUGUUCUGCAUGUCAGCGACGAUGAUUAUUUAAAAAAUUGCCUUUAAGAAAUAGGAAAUUGUCCGGAUCAGUGCUCUUUCAGUUACGUUUUCAAUGGCCAUGUUGACUUUGAGUCAUGUUACACCAUAGUAACACCAUCUAGAAGUUGUCCACAACUGUCCUCCGUUGAAUAAUUAUUAUCUUUUCAGAGGAGUUUUGUCAGCUCACAUCUUUGAUCAAACUGGUGCAUUAAACUGUUUACUGAGAACAACUGGAAACAGCAGUGUGUGAGUAUUGGCAGAAGAAACACGUUUGUAUAGUUUUUUUUUUGUGCUCAGAAGCCAUAAGGUCGUAAGGGAGAAACAGUAUCUGAAGCAGGAAUCUGUUCAUUUUUCAGCUCAUGAGCUGAAUUAGUGUCGAUAGAUUAAAUGAUGCAUUAAAGCACAUCAAGAGCAUUAGUGUUAUGACUGUUUUAAAGCAGAUAACCUCUGUGAUCUGGUUACACUGUAAGAGCCUGUUUUCAAAACAGAAGUUACUGAUUCAGACAUCCUCUUUACUUGACAGACUUCCUGGAUGUGUUCAUUGAAUAAAACUUCACUUUCGUACUUUGCGGGUUUGACUUCCUCGUGGACGUCCGUACAGACUUGAGGGAAUAGUUCACAUUUAGAUGCAAACUUGUGUUUCACUCACAGUUCUUGCCUUUUUUACACAGAAUGAUCCUGGUUUAAGCUCUCUACUUCCACAAGGCGUUAGCUUUAAAUAUGUGUUUACCAAGGAGUAAAAAAGUGAAAGCCUCUCGCAGUGCCACGUUUCCUCUCUCGUGUAAAUCAUGACAUUUCUGAUCGGUUUCUUUUCAUGUUGUGCAUGUUGUUGAUCUGAUCUGAGGUCAGUUUUGUUUCCUCAAAAUGUCAGAACGAUGCUUUUAUUUUGGAAAAAGAACCCUUUUUGACACAAAUGCUUUAAAUAAUUGUGUAAAUAUUCAGUUUUUAGCUUUAAUGCUUAUUUAAAACAUCAAGUUUUAAAAUGGCCUUUGUUUUUAUUUAAUUUAUGCUGUAAAUAUUGUUUAUUAUGUAUUGGGGAAUAUCUGUAAUUGAGGGUUCUUAAUGUAAAUGUUUUUUUUUCAUUCAUUUAUUUUUCUUUCACUUUAUUUUUUUUUUCUUUUUAAUUUUUUUAUGUUAUUAAAUUAUAUAUUUUUGUUUGGAAAUGUUUUUCUGUUUUAAAGUUUGAAUCCUGCUCUUUUUCAUACAAAGAUGUAAACUGGAGUUUGGAACAAAUAUGUGCCUUUGUUUAUUAUGCAAUGAGAAGUGUCAUUGAUUUGAAAUGUAAAACCUUUUUUGUUUUGCUUUUAUGGUCGAUGAUUUUUUUAUUAGUUUUCUGGCCAUUUAAGUUGUGUUUUUUGUUGUUGUUUGUAUUGUUUCUGCUGUUCAUAAAUAAAGAUGAAAAUUAAAACCCACGAAACAAAUGUGUGCUGUUUUUUUUUUUUUUUGAGUAUGCAAAGAAGUGAAUUCUUUACAUUCACCUUUUACUGCUUUUUCAAAAAUAAAUAAAAAUAACAUAUUUCAUGUCAGAAUUAUUACAUGCUGUCUGAAAUUAUAACGCUUCAUUCAGAUACGUAUUUUACUAGUUCAAGUAUGAACCUUAAAAGAUUUAACUUUUUCUUAUUUGUUUUUACAAUCAUAUUUCAUGAAUAAUUGCAACA